AUGCCCGGGCUUCUCCUCAACACCGCCGCCCCCCUCGCCAACCCCAGGCCGUGCUCCAGCUUCAGGCCCUCCCGCCACCGCCUCAGAUGCCCAGCCGCCGCCUCCUCCAGCAGCUCUUCCUCCUCGUCGAGCUCUAGCGGCCGCGCGGGGUCGUCGUGGGCGACGGACUACGACCUGUACGAGCUGCUGGGGGUGGAGCCCUCGUCGCCGCAGGCCGACAUCAAGGCCGCCUACCGGGCGCUGCAGAAGCGCUGCCACCCGGACGUUGCCGCCGGCAACGGAGACGCCUCGGCCGGCCCCUCCUCCCACGACAUGGCCGUGGUGCUCAACGAGGUGUACGCGCUGCUCUCCGACCCGGCGCAGCGCCAGGCCUACGACCGGGAGCACGCGCGCCGGUCCGAGUUCCAGGGCUACACGGGCCGCCCGCUCUACUCGUCGUGGCGCGGCGGGGACGCCGAGACGCGCGCCGUGUUCGUCGACGAGGUCGCCUGCGUGGGGUGCCUCAAGUGCGCGCUCCACGCCAGCCGCACCUUCGCCAUCGAGUCCGUCCACGGCCGCGCCCGCGUCGUCGCGCAGUGGGCCGACCCCGAGGACCGCAUCGCCGACGCCGUCCAGACCUGCCCCGUCGACUGCAUCUCCUAUGUGGAGCGCUCGGACCUGGCGGCGCUCGAGUUCCUCAUGUCCAAGCUGCCGCGCCGCAGGGUCCGCGUCUCCGAGGCCAACGCCGCCGGCUCGCCCGACAUCUUCGCCGAGGUCGCCAAGUUCAAGGCCAGGUUCGAGAAGAUGGAGAACAAAUCCGCCACCAGGCAAUCCGAGGAGUCGGAGGCGACGUGGCGGUCGAGGAGCUCGGCGGUCCAGACCAUCAUGUCCAUGUCCAACUGGUGGUACUGGCGGCCGUUCAGAGCCCCGGCCGGCGCCGCCGCCGCCGCGGUCCCUGCCCCUCUCCGCCUGCUGCCACCGCCAUCGUCGCCGCCGCCUCCUUCAGGUCCGGCCGACCCCGUCACGGAGAGGCUCAAGGAGGCAGCCGCGCGACGCAAGGCGGAGGGGUCAACGGCGUCAGCGGUGUACGCUCGCCAGCGCGAUGAGUAUUGGACCCCGCAGCGGAACCUGCCGUCCACGGCCUCGUUCCCGUCGCCGGAGGCCCAGAGCGCCGCGCCGCCGCGGAGACGGGUGCGAAGAGCGUCCGGUGGCGAGAGACCGACCGAGAGGAGGGUGAGGAUCGACCUGACGGUGCCGCUGCUGAUGGCGAUCGUCGCGGCGGGGAUCGCCGGGUACAACAGGGAGGAGAUGGCCGGGGGCGUGAUCGAGGACCACAUCGGCGGUGCGGCCGCUCUGGGAGUCGUGAAUAGCUCCGAGCUCCAGGUUGUCUUGGCUGGCGUGACGUGGUUCGUUAUCGGAGCCGCCGUGGCCGCCGUCCUUCAGGUGGUGCUUGGAAGAAGAAACGAGGAGGAAUCCAGAGAAUGA